AUGUCUUUAGUCUUGAGGAGAACCUGUUUAAAAGCCAAAGGUAACAUAUUGUCUUCCAGUAGCGGUAAUAUUGGAUUAAAUAGUCCAAUUAUAAUAACUGCGUCACGAACAUUUAGUGACGACAAAUCUGGCAAUAAUCCACAAUUUUGUACGAGUACUAUACUAAUUGAAAAUGGAUUUAACGUCCAAGAGCUGCCCGUAGUUGUAAAGAAAUUAAGAGACCUAUCGGAAAUUGAAGAUAAGCCAAACGAAGAAAAUGCAACUAAAACAUCAGAUUCUUUAAACUAUCACUUGAUACGGGAAGAGUUUAAGCAAUGCUUGGAUCUACGAGAUGUGUUUUCUUUACUCUCUAAAUGUACUAAGAUAACUCCUAACAUUGCACUGGGUGCUAUUGAAAGAAUAUAUGACAUUGAAAAUAAUCCAAGUGCACUAAUUAUAGACUCAAGGAGUUUACAUAUGAACUUAGCUAAAGGCGCUAUUUUAGAUAAAUUGCUGAGAGUGGUAAUGAAAACUGAAGAUACACAAACAAUUUUAAAUAUAUUGAAUACAGUGUCUGCAUUUAUGGAACCCUUUAAAUAUCAAUUUCACGAUGAGCUACUUUUGAGAGUUAUAGAUAACAAGUUAUCCAUUGAGCAACUUUGUGAGUUUACCACAUUUUUGAUUAAAAAUAAAAAAGAUUGCAAAUAUUCUGACACAAUAGAUAAACUUUGGGUUGGGUUCGUAGCCCGAGAGGCUGAAAUUAAUGAAAUAAAUAUUGUUCAAGUAUUUAGCAUUCUACAUGGAAUGAAAGUAAGUAAAAGAAUAAUAUUGACAUUGCUGGAACAAAAACUAAGUGAUUUAUGGGCAAAGAUUAAAGUACCAAUUAUGCAAGAAAUUCUUAAUAGUUUUAUAGAGGAAAAGUAUUUAUCUUUACAAUCAUUUUGUGUUGUGGGAGGUUGGCUUAGUGCAAAUAUACAUGCAUUAGAUGAGGAUUCUUUGCUUGAUGUAAUUUCCAAACUAACCAGGCUUAAAUAUACAGAUGAUAGAAUUGAGCAGGCUGUUGAAAAAUAUAUGAGACUAAAAGGUUCAAAAAUUGACAGUCCUGUCCUUAUUGUUGGUAUCUUAAAUUUUUGUAUGCAAUUUAAAAUUAAUAACAAAGUAAUAUUGAAUGCAUGUAGUGACUAUUUUUUGAGUAACUGGCAAAAAGUGCCACCUAGUUUUCUGAAGUCAUUUAUAUACCCAUAUGGUUAUUUAUAUUUUAUUCUUGCUAAUAGUUCACAAUUUUGGAGCCUAACAGAGAAAAUGUUACUAGAAUCAUUUGAGAAGGUAGGCAGUGAUGAUCUUAGUUCCAUAGUAUUGUCUUCAAUAUACUCUGAAAAUUAUCCUAUAACUUUGGUAAACAAAAUGUUGUCACCUGAAUAUAUGUCAAAGGUAAAUAAACCUGAAACCCUGCAAAAGUUUCAUUUGAUUGAUGUUGCUAUGUCAUUGGAGAGCAAGGAUUAUUCAGGCCCACUAUUACCAAAAGAUCACUGGUCAAAACCUAUAUCUCAAGAUUUUAGAAUUAAAAACAUUGUCAACAAAAUAAUGGAUCCAUUAACAAGUCUAGUAGGAGGUGACAACAAAUUGUCUGUAGCAGUAUCAGUUCCAUACCUACCCUCGGAUGAAACAUAUUUGCUGGAUAUUAUGAUCCACCCUGUUGGAUUGGGCAGCAAUACUUUCAAUUGGAAAUCAAAAUCUGGCAGGAAUCAGAAUAUUGGUCUCUUAAUUCAUUUACCAGACCAUUACUGUUCUGAUAAUAAACAUUUAAUUGGUCCUCAAGUCAUGAAGAAAAGGCAUUUGAAAAUUUUAGGCAUUAAAGUGGCAAGUCUGAAGUAUUCUAUGUUGAGUCAAUUUUAUACAUCAUAUGAUAAGAAUGGAUUAAAAGAAUAUCUCUUUCAAAGUAUAAAUAGUGCGAAAGAGUGCUUGUAG